AUGAGUCUCGAUACUGCAUCAGCCCUUGAAUUGACAUCCCACAUCACAUCUAGUCAAACCAGUGGGUCGCUUCCUCGAAGCCAACAUGGUGGUGAGCCUACAAGCCCCUCUGUGUCAGAUGUCGAGUCCAUCACUAGCUCAUCUAGCAGUAGACCCCCUGGCACCACUCCUAUUUCUAAUGCUCCUUCUCCGCUUCGUCAGUUUCCACCCAUUACUUCUGGACACCUUGUAACUGGUGCUGGUGUUGGCGGCAUGGCUGCCGAUAAUGGCAUUCCUCCCGUGGACGAGAUUAAAACAAUGCUCGAACUAUUAAUGGAAGACCUUAAUCUGACAGAGGAUAAAAAGGAAGUGCUACGGAAACUUCCAGAUGAUCGCAAGUGGAUGAUGCUCCUCCAACAUCUCAGUGAAAGAUAUCGGGCUGGACCGCAAGAAGUUUUGCAUGAAAUUCAAGAGAUUCAGAAACUAAAGGAUGGGGCGGAUCGUGAACUCUUGACAAAUCUGGUUGUGUCAUUGCGCUCAAGACCUAUUCGAUGGAUUAGUGGUUUUAUUGACCAUGGCGGGUUUGCAGUAUUGUUGGAUAAUUUGAACGAGCUGGAAACUGCUAAAAUACACAACGACUUUGAAGAACUGUAUAUUAAAUGUCUAAAGUCACUCAUGAAUAACAAAAUUGGUCUAUCAGCUGUUUUGGACACGGAGGAUGCACUUAAUGUGAUUGCCUUGUCGCUUCGAUCCCCAUCUCCAAGAACUCGUGCGCUUGUAUUGGAGAUAUUCGGAGCAGUGUGUCUGAUUCCAGGCGGACACAGUUGCGUGCUGCAUGCAAUGGAUGCUUUGAGUGAAGAGGCAAAUACUCGCUUUAGAUUCGAAAUUGUCGUGUAUUCUUUAUGGCAAAGCUGUCGAGCCAUGACGCCUUUAGAUAAAGAACUUCAAGUUGCAUCCAUGUCAUUUAUCAAUGCAGUCAUCUGUGGAGGUCCAGGUGUCGAACUUGAGUUUCGUAUGCACAUGCGCUUAGAGUUUAUUCAACUUGGUCUUCUUCAGCUUAUUGAAAAAAUUGCCCAUCUAGAGAACGACAUUCUUCAAACUCAGAUUGACGUAUUUAUUCGUGCAAACGAGUCAGACGAACUAGAAUGGUUUGAUCGCAUGGGACAAGAACCAUUUAAUAAGGAUAAUAUUGAUGAAUUGUCUCGCAAGUUAGUUGAGACGAACAAAGUGUCGUCAUCUCAAGCUCAGUAUCACUCCCUUUUAAAUCACAUUUCGAUGUUGCCUGCAAAUCCUAUUGAGAGAUUAAGAUAUAUGAUGAUCAUUGAUAAAGUGGUUCAGCAGAUAGUGUUGCAAAAAGAUGGGGAAGAUCCUGAUCCAAUCGCUGCGCUGGCCAACCUUGAUAUGAGACACUUGGUUGGUGACAUGACCAGCACUUCAAUUCUCAAAGAUCAAGAAGACAAGUAUCAAAAACAACUUGAAAAAUCUAAGCGUUUAGAAAAAGAAAUCACUUCAUUGAGCAGAGGUGGAGAGCCUAUUGCUGAUGAAGUCAAGAUUAAGAUCAUGAAUGCUCAAAGACAGAUCAAAGAACUCGAGGGAACUAUGAAGGAUAAACUUGCAUCUGUGGAUGGAGGCGAAGCAUUAUUGGAGCAAUUCAAAAAUAUAGCUAAAGCAAUUGCAAGUGUCAAGGUUGAAUCUGUGGCUGGUACCGGCGGAGCUGCUGUACCAGCGAGCGGACCGCCUGUAUCUCCUUUGCCUGGAUCUGGCCUUGGUGGACCCCCUCCUCCUCCACCACCACCGCCUGGAUCUGGGUUUGGUGGACCUCCUCCUCCUCCUCCACCACCGCCAGGAUCUGGGUUUGGUGGACCCCCUCCACCACCACCACCACCUGGAAUGGGAGGACCUCCACCUCCUCCACCACCUCCAGGAUUUGGUGGACCUCCUCCACCUCCACCACCACCUGGAAUGGGCGGACCUCCACCGCCGCCUCCUCCACCUGGAAUGGGGGGACCACCACCUCCACCACCACCUGGAAUGGGAGGACCUCCGCCUCCACCUGGAUUUGGUGCAUAUGCUGCUCCAGUAGCAGCAAAAACCAAACCAACAAAUCUUUCAUCCAAACCUCUUAAAUCAUUCAAUUGGACCAAAUUGGCUCCAAUGAAAGUUAAAGAAACCAUUUGGGCCAACAUUGACGAUGAGGAGGUCCAUAAACAAUUGCGUGGUGACGCGUACCGAGAGUUUGAAGAUAUGUUUGCUGCGCGUGAAGUCAAAACUAUGGAGAAUGCUUCCACCAGCAAAGAAGAUAUUUCGUCCAAGGAAAUUACAUUUUUGGAUGGAAAGCGUUCCCAAAACUGUAAUAUUAUGCUUAAAGCAGUUAAACUCGACCCAAAGUUGAUCAAACGAGCAAUCUUGUCUGUAGAUACAGAUACUUUGCCGAGAUUUGUGCUUGCUGAGCUGCUCAAAUUUAUUCCUACAGAUGAUGAGAUGACUGCCCUGAAGCAGUAUACUGAAGUUGAUUUACCUCUUUUGGCCAGUGCAGAGCGUUUCAUGUACGAGAUUUCUGAAAUCGACAACUAUGAACCCAAACUUAAAGCUAUGCAUUUUAAAACCUGUUUUGGAGAGUAUGAGGAUGAUGCCGAGACUCUUAUCACUGGAUUACAAAAGGCUAGUGAAGAUGUAAUGAAUAGUAAGAAAUUUACGGAACUUCUCAAGGUUGUGCUUGCUUUGGGUAAUUAUCUCAACUCUGGUGCACGUGGUGGUGCAUAUGGAUUCAAACUAGGUUCACUACUUAAGAUGCUCGAUACAAAGUCCACUAUACAAGGACGUAAACACACACUUCUUCACUACCUUACCGAGCUAGUGGAAAAGUAUUUCCCUUCUAUCCAAGGGUUUGAAAAAGAUUUAAUUCAUGUAGAAGAAGGUUCAAAAGUAACCACAGCUCAAAUUCGGCAAUCUCUUAUUCAAAUUCGCGAUAACCUCAAAGUUGUCGUGGACCUCUUGGAUAUUCUUGAAAAAGAAAAUACAAAAAAGGAGAAUCAAACAGUAGAAAAGAAAAAGUCGACCUCGUCCAUACUAUCCAGUACUUCAUCUACCACCUCUGCACAGCUCAAUGUCAAGUUAGAAUCCAUCAUGAGAUCUUUCCAUGCCAAGUCUACCAAAAUUUACACGGAUUUGGAUGAGCGAUUCAAGGUUGCAGAAAAGGAUUUUGAAAAAGCCUUGUUGUUGUAUGGUGAAGAUGUCAAAAAUGCCACACCAGAAGAAUUUUUUGGUACGUUUGCAAAAUUUACAUCUGCCUAUCUGGCUGCCAAAAGUGAUAACGAGACUGCUGUUGCAAAGGAGCGUGAAUUGAAAAAGCGUGAAGAGGCCAAAAAGGCGAGUGAAGACAAGCGCAGAAAAAAGAGAGAGGAUGGAGGCGAGAAAUCUAAUAUGGCUUCCAAAGACGGUGGUUUGGACGAUCUCAUUUCAGCUAUUCGUACGGGCAAGGCGUUUGGAAAUGGUACAGAUACAGCACCACCACCAGCAAGUCGACAGCGUCGUGCUCAACCUCGCGAUGGCGGUCGUGGUGGGGAGGAUGAAAAGGAAGGGCUUACGGGUAUAGAUUCUGCCAUAGGUCAUGAUAGGCAAUUUUCGCAACAAUCCCGUAAUGCUACUCGCGAAGCACCCAACUUUCACUUGCGCGACAAGUCAUUUCAAAAUGCUGAGCAAGGUGCAGUGGGUCGUUUAAAGCGCCAGGGAUCAUUCAAAAGUCGUGCAAGUCCGCUAGUCAAAGAGUCAAGUGUUGGUGCAAGUCCUAAUUCCAAUAGAGAUGGGAAAUCCGGGCCACGUUCGUUACACAAAGACCCCAUACUACAUUUAAAAGCCGUUUCUACAACGGAAAAAAAUAUCGCAGCACCACAAACUCAGCUCAAAGCUACUGGGAUGUCUAAAGAAACGCCUCGCGAUAUUAAAAACCGGCUCGAUGCUGCAGCAAAAUAG